AUGCAGCCAGGAACAGACGAAGAGGCCACAGGGGGAGGGGGAGCGGGAGGGGGAGGGGGAGCAGGGGGGUUGGGGGGGUCUGGGAAUGCGGGGGCAGCGGCGACGGCGGCGGCGUUCUUCCCCAGGGGCAUGCGCGUGCUGGUGGUGGACGACGACCCGCUGUGCCUCAUGAUCCUCGAGCGCAUGCUGCGCCGCUGCAACUACCAAGUGACAACAUGCAACAAGGCGACGACAGCAUUAGCGCUGCUGAGGGAGGGGCGGGAGGCGUACGACCUGGUGAUCAGCGACGUGUACAUGCCCGACAUGGACGGCUUCAAGCUGCUCGAACGCAUCGGCCUUGAGAUGGACCUCCCUGUCAUCAUGAUGAGUGCGAACGGGGAGACGAGUGUGGUGAUGAAGGGCAUAACGCACGGGGCAGUGGACUACCUCUUAAAGCCCGUGCGCAUCGAGGAGCUGCGCAACAUCUGGCAGCACGUCGGCGAGGAGCACUCAGGCAGUGUGGAGGAGGAGGAGCUGAGGCGCAUGCGGGACGGCACACACGACCCUGCCAGCAGCAGCGGGGGCGGGGGAGGGCUUGGCGAGUGGGAGUCUACACACCCAGACGCAGAAACAGGGGCAGGGGGAGGUGCAGGAGGGGGAGGAGGAGGAGCAGGGCAGGGGGCGUCAGUCUCUCGGUCGCCUUCUAGGAAUGAAGGCGCGCGGUUGGGGAAGAGAAGCGUCGAGGCUGCUUUUGGGGAGGAACGGGGGGAGUAUGGUGGAGGAAGAGGAGAGAGGGGGGGGUUGGGAGGUGGGGAAGGAAUGAAAGGUGGCGAGGAGAAUGCAGCAGGGGAAGCAGACUUUGUUGCCGCUGCAAAUGCCACUGCUGCUGCCGCUGCCGCUGCUGGGCUUGGGCUUGGGGCUGGUGGGGACGGUGGUGGAGGCGGCAUGUUGAGUGCGGGAAUGGGGUAUAUGGGUCGGUUGCCGUAUGUGGUGGAGGAGGGAGAGAGCGACAUGGUGGGGGGGUUGAAGAAGGCGCGGAUUAUCUGGAGUGUGGAGCUGCACCAGCAGCUUGUCAAGGCCGUUCACCACCUCGGCGUUGACACAGCGGCGAGCUGGGAACUUCUGGAUGGCAGGACGCUGCUGGGGUGUGGUUUGUCUGCUUUUCCUUGGGAAGAAGGGGGGAGGGAGUUGGGGAAGAAGGGGGGAGGGAGUUGGGGAAGAAGGGGGGAGGGAGUUGGGGAAGAAGGGGGGAGGGAGUUGGGGAUGAAGGGGGGAAGUAGGGAGACUUGUGGUGCAGGCAGGGAGUGCAUGGGAGGAGGUGAUGUGAUGGGGCGAUCAGGAGAGACACCAGAGGAGAAAGCAGAGCUGUUGCAUAGGAGAGCAAAGGCGGCGGGUACACCUGCUGACGACAACACUGCUGCUGCUGCUGGUGGUUAUGGUAGCAGCGAUAUCCUAGGCGGUAUUGACAAUGCAAUGCUGCUGUCUCUGAUUCAGAAGCACGGGUCUGUGGAGGCAGCUGCUGCUGCGCUCACAGGUGCAGCAGCUGAGGAGGAGGAGGAGGAGGAGGAGGAGGAGGAGGAGGAGGAGGAGGAGGAGGAGGAGGAGGAGGAGGAGGAGGAGGAGGAGGAGGAGGAGGAGGAGGAGGAGGAGGAGGAGGAGGAGGAGGAGCAGGGGCAGGUGGGCAGGGAAGCAGGCUACAGCAGCAGCUACAGGUUGCAGCAGCAGCAGCAGCAGCAGCAGCAGCAGCAGCAGCAGCAGCAGCAGCAGCAGCAGCAGCAGCACUUGCAGCAAGCAGGGCAGGCUAAACUGCAAGGUAUAGACCCAGCAGCUGCUGCCCUUGGUAUUCGAGAGUUGCUUGCUGCUGCAGGAGAGGCAGGUGGAGGAGGUAUAGCUGCUGCUGGCGCUGCAGCUGGUGCUGCUGCUGCUGGUGGCGGUGUCGCAACGAGAGCUGGCGCAGCGGGUGCUAUGGUGGAGUCAGGAGGAGUGGGGAGCGGUGGUGCUCUGUCGAGCGUGUUUCUGCCAGACGCAGCUGCAGCAGCUACUGGUACUGUUGGUACUGGCUCUGGCGGUUUUGGUGGUGGUGGUGGUGGUGGUGGUGGCGGCGGUGGUGGUGGUGGAGGCGGCGGUGGUGGUGGCGGCAACACCGGUGGCAGCGGUGGUGGUGGCGGCGGCGGCGGUGGUGGUGGUAGCAGUGGUGCGGGUGGGGGUGGAGGCUCGUCAACCAGCACCCCCGAUAGCAACAACGACUUGCUUCUGCAGUUCCUGAAGCAGCAGCAGCAGCAGCAGCAGCAGCAGCAGCAGCAGCAGCAGGGGCGGGAGAAGCCAGGGGCAGCACAGCAGCAGGAGGUGGAGAUGAGGAGGCAGAAGGAGCAGCUUCAGGCGCAGCUUCGGGCUCACCAGGAGCAGCAGCAGCGGCAAAGGCAGCAGCUGCAGAAACUGCAGCAGCAGCAGCAGCAGCGGCUGCAGCAGCUGCAACGGGAGAAGCAGCAGCAGCAGAAGCAACAGCAGCAACAGCAACAGCAGCAGCAGCAACAGUUGCAGCAACAGCAGCAGCAGCAGCAGCAACAGCAGCAGCAGCAGCAGCAGCAGCAGCAGCAACAGUUGCAGCAGCAGCAGCAGCAGCAGGGGAAAGGCCAGCAGGGGCAGAACCACGGAGGGAUUGGUAGGCUUGUUGCUGCUGCUGGUGGCGGUGGAAAUGGUGGCAGUGGCGGUGGCGGGGGCGGGGGUGGUGGCGGUGGUGUUGGUGGAGGGCCGAGCAGUGUGACGGGUGCAGUGAGGAAUGCAGUGAAAGAGGAGGAGGUGGAAGGGGAUCUAGAGCGGUUGGCUCAUUCCCUCACAGAUGAACAAUUCAUGGCUCUGUGCCGUGCUCGCAUGGGCACUGCUGCUGCCAACUCCUCUGGCGGCGCUCCCUCUGCCUCCCACUCCCAGCAGCACUCGUUUCCAAACAAGCCGCAGCAGCAACAACCGCCGCAGCAGCAGCAGCAGCAGCUAAGGCGGAGGGUUUCGAAUGAGAGGAGGGGGGGGAUGGGCGGGGAGGAGGGGCAGCAGUGGAUGGGGGUCGAGCAGGAGAGUGUUUCAGGUGGUAUGCGGUCUUAUGGAGAGGGCACGGAGGGCAUGGGUGGUGCAGGAGGCAUGUGCAGAGAGCCCGCUAUGGGUGGUGUGAUGAUGGAGAGGGGAGGAGCAGCAGCAGCGUCUGCUGCUCUCACUGACAGUGCCACUGGUGGGUUAGCUGCUGCUGCUGCUGCUGCUGCUGCUGCUGCUGAAGGUGUGGGUGUUGUUGCUGCUGCUGAUGAGUUUGGUGAAAUCACAGGAGCUGCAGCAGCAGUAGAUGAAGAAAAAGGGGGAGUGGGAGUGGGAGCAGCAGGCGUAGCAGCAGCAGCAGCAGCAGCAGCUGCAGCAGGGCGAGCGGAGGGUGACAUGGAAGUGAUGGGUGGAAUAGGAAUGGCAGUGUCUGACGCAUGGUUGACUGGAGACUGGGAAAUGGACAUGAUGUGUGGAGGGGGAGGAGGAAGGGGAGGCGAGGGGAUCGGAGAGGGGCAAGUGGAGAGCUUGGGUUUGCAGAGCAGCUUGGAGCAGCAAGAGCAGCAGGAGAGGCUACUGGGAGGAGGUGCACUGGUUUCGGAGAGUGUGGGGCUGGUUGGUUCGCGAGGGGGAGAGAUGGAAGCGAUGGGGAUGGUGAUGUGUGGGGGGGGCCGUGCAGCAAGCGGCAACACAGAGGACCUCAUCCACCUAAUAUGGCCGCAGGAUGGGUCCAUGUUUGCGGACACGGAGCUCACAAGCCCACACAUGGGAGCAGCCUUCUCAGAGCAGCUCAGCCCUCCAUGA